ACGACAAAUCCAUUCGUGCUCAAGAUGCUCAAGUACGACAAGGCUGCGAAAGAGGCUCAUGUCUCUGGCCUUACCGGCAGCACCGUGAGCGAUGUUAACAGCGUUGCUCUCGCAAUGCCUCUCGCAGUCCUUCUCUGGUCGACGCUCCAAUCUAGGCAACGCACGUUCACUCCCUACAAGCCUGUCGCUAUCUUCGUUGACUUUCUCAUAAACUGUUGCGCUACACUCUUUGCGACCACCAUAUACUCGUCGUCCACAUGGCUGUUCAACUUUCUUCUGAUAUUGCCCGCCGUCUUCAUAGCCACCACCUCCCAACCCGUCACAGCACGAUCCUCCAAACCGCCCGUCAAGGAGCUCUCUAAAUCGAAACCACCGAGUCGCCUCCCCAUCAAACCCUUCAUUACCCACUACCGCGGAUCAAUGCUGGUUAUAACCUGCGUUGCCAUACUCGCCGUAGACUUCCGAAUCUUUCCACGGCGCUUUGCCAAAGUAGAGAAUUGGGGCACAUCCUUAAUGGACAUGGGUGUGGGCUCGUUCGUCUUCUCCAGUGGAGUGGUGUCCGCCCGAAGCUUGCUAAAGAAUGAGGCUGGGGUUCGCCUUCCGUUUGCAGAGCGUCUCGUUCGCUCCACUCGGCACUCUCUCCCUCUCCUUGUACUGGGUGUCUUACGGCUCCUCUCCGUCAAGGGACUCGACUACGCAGAACAUGUCACGGAAUAUGGUGUACACUGGAACUUCUUCUUCACAUUAGGGCUACUGCCACCUUUUGUGGCCGUGUUCCAGUCCUUGUUUGACUUUCUUCCGUCAUAUGCUCUACUGUCACUGAUCCUAGCCACCCUAUACGAAAUUGCACUUGACCGAACUGAUCUGGGAAAGUUCAUCUUGACCGCUCCACGGACCGACCUUUUAUCACAGAAUCGAGAAGGUCUGUUCUCCUUCAUUGGCUAUCUGGCUAUAUUUUUAGCCGGACAGUCCCUAGGCAUGUCUGUGCUACCGAGACAAGCCUCCGUCGAAAGCAAGUCUUCUUGGAGAAUUCUUUUAAGGCGCACGAUUCUGGGAAAGCUUGUUCUGGCGACGACCUUCUGGACAGUCCUCUUCUAUUGGACUGUGAGUUAUGCCUAUGGACUUGGACUGCGUCUCAGCGUCUCACGCCGCCUUGCCAACUUGCCGUACGUCUUGUGGGUAUCCUCCUUCAACAGCGGCCAGAUUACCUUGUGCUAUGCUAUUGAGCGAAUUUUCUUUCCCCAGAUAUAUAAGGCAAGCAGCGAGACAGAGGAGGCGCAAAGAGCCCGAGACGCAACCAGCCCCGUUCUAUCUGCAUUCAAUCGGAACGGACUCGCGGUAUUCUUGCUUGCAAACCUACUCACUGGGCUUGUCAAUCUGACAUUGCCAACCUUGCAAAUGGGCACUGUUGCAUCAAUGGCCAUGCUACUUGCCUACAUAGCGGCAUUAUCUGCUGUCGCGCUCACUUUAGAUCGCAUGAAUGUAUCGAUAAAACUCUAGAUGAGCUCGUACAAUCGAAGCAUGUACCUUCAAACAAGCAGAAGAAAAUUUCACUACCUAUGUAUAUAUAGUAAU